AUGCCCAAGCAACACGUCUACCAUCUUCACCCACUAGGCUGGGAAAACGAUCCCGAAGAGGAACGGUUCAAGGUCACUACCCUCGACUAUCUCACCGUGUGUAGCUACAACAACUACGCUCUGUUCUUCAAGCUAGAGGACUCGGAGAAAGAAAGAGCCGCUGAGAUCCUCAAGGCUGGGCUGGAGAGGACGCUGGCGCAGGCGAGACACUACUGUGGGACCAUUGAGAAGGACCCUGGCGGUGGUCACUCGUUUACCAAGAAGAGGGAUAGUACUGUAAGGUUCUUCCUGCAGUGGCUUGAUGCGCCUGAGGAUGCGGAUAAGUAUCCUUCGUUUGAGGAUCUUGAGAAGACUAACUUUAGUGCGGUGACGCUGGGGGAUCUUGAGCAAUGGAGUGUACCGCCCAUGACAUAUGGCGAGAAGCCUGAAGCGCAUCCUGACAACAGCCCUGUCGUGUCAGCCUUCAAGGCCAACUUCAUCCGAGGUGGUCUUGUCUUCAACAUUCAUCAUCAUCACUACACCAACGAUGUCAUGGGCUGGGCGGGCUUCGUCCAUCAGCUAGCUGAGAACUGCUACGCUGCUGUGAACGGCACCAAACAUCCAACCUGGGACCCUCUUAACCUCGACGUCUCGCGUCUCAUCAAGCAAGAACCUCCAGAAGAUCAAAAGAUCGAUGGCCCAGCUCCCCCAGAACGCCAUCCUGCUCACCAGGUCGGCGUGUCUCUGCUCUUUCACCUCCCCAAGAGCAAAGCAGCCGAGCUCAAAGCCAAGGCCACUCCCACCGACGGAACGUGGAUCUCGACAUACGAUGCCUUCUCAGCCUUUAUCUGGCGCAACCUCACGCGUAUUCGAGCGCCCGUCUUCAACCCCGAUCCGAAAUCGACUUUAUACUGGUGCGAGGCGAUUGACAUGAGGCGACGAAUGCACAGUCCAAAGGUGCCACCACGCAUCCAGCAUAAUGUCAUGUUCGCUGUGACGUCCCCUACUGCACCUGUUACGCAACCAACUGUUGCUCAGAUUAUGUCGGAGUGGUCGCUGUCAGAGUUGGCGUCGUAUAUCCGCCGCUUGACCAACAGCGUUACGCAAGAGAACCUUGACAAGACGCUUGAGAUGGUAGCUACCAUUCGCGACAAGACAUCUUUAAACACACGAGUCGAUGCGCAGCCCCCUCUGUCGAUCCUUCAGACGGAUCAUCGCGAUGCAAACAUCACUUCAGCUGACUUUGGCUUCGCGAAGCCAGCUACAUAUCGUCACCUUCUCGAUCGCAUCACAGAAGGUGUUAUCAUUGUUUACCCACCUCGUGAUCCCUUACCCGAGUCAGAUGAGGGAUGCGAGUUUGCCAUCUUCUAUGAGAAGAGGCUUGCUCAGGAUUUGAUCAAUGAUGAUGAAUGGAGUGAGUACUUUGAGUAUAGAGGUGUUGAUGCUGAAGAUGCUUCUGAGGCCAAAAAGGCAAAUGGUACCAAUGGCACAAACGGAGUGAAUGGCUCUUCUUAG